AUGUCCAAAGACAAUUCACAUCUGCCUUCGCACGAUUUCUAUCAGGAUCCCACUUCUAUCACUUUGAGCGUCUACAUCAAAGGAUAUGGAGGGGAGAGUGUCAAAAAAGACGUCAAGGUUAUAAUUGAAGAACGGAAAAUAACAAUAAAUCUACCUUCCUUAUCAGCUGGAAAUGGGAUCGAAAGUCGUGAAAUCAUCUUUGAGCCUUUAUACGAUCUUAUCAAUCCUGAUCAAAGUACUUUCAGAGUCCUAAAUACCAAAAUCGAAUUGAAAUUAUCGAAGACAAAUCCAAUUAAUUGGCCAACGAUCCUCUCUAACCCUUCAAGACCCACCCCUUCCAAUCCGACUAUCAUCAAAUCCAAUCCCUCUUCUUCUCCACCGAUAAAUCAAGGUAAUGCUGGACCAUCAACAUCAGCACCCGAAUCCACAUUUGCAAAGCCAGAAGUGGCAGUAGGAGAGGGCAGUAGGAAGAAAGAAAAGAAGAACUGGGAUAAAGUGUUGCAAGAUGAAGAAGAAGAUGAAGGUGAAGGUGGAAAUGAUAACAAAGAUCCUAACUCAGGUGGCGAUGCAGCAUUACAGAAAUUCUUUUCACAAAUAUACGGGAACGCAGAUCCAGAUACGAGAAGAGCGAUGAUCAAGUCUUUCACUGAGAGUGGCGGGACUACUUUGAGUACAGAUUGGAGUAAUAUCGGAAAAGAAACGACCCCAGUCAGACCGCCUGAAGGAAUGGAAGCGAAGAAGAUGUAA